AUGCUUGCAACUGGUGCAUUUGCUGGGCCCUUGUACGACCGUGGUUACUUCAGAUGGCUGCUUAUUGUAGGCAGCCUCGGUGUCGUGCUCGGCCACAUGCUGCUUUCGCUUGUUGCAACAUACUGGGAAGCCAUACUGACCCAAGGGUUCUUGGUUGGAAUCGGGGGCGGCUGUCUCUACGUCCCAGCGGUAGCAAUCUUGCCAACUUAUUUUACUUCCAAUGUCGGGUUAGCCUUGGGUAUUGCGGCAUCUGGCAGCUCGACUGGCGGUAUAAUAUACCCGAUCAUGUUCUACAAGCUGAUUGAUAAAGUUGGAUUCGCAUGGAGUGUGCGUAUAUUAGGCUUCACCGCGUUGGCAACUUUGAUCAUUCCGUUCGCGGUCAUGAAAGUGCGCGCCAAACCAGCCAAGGCGCGAUCAGCCAUCGAUUGGACAGCUUUUAGCGAUGGCAAGUUCAUGACGGCGGUCGCGGGGGUCAUGAUGGGCUUCACGAGCUGCUAUGUCACAGUAUUCUACACAUCGUAUUUUGGGACGGCUUCUGGCAUCGUUGAUACAAGCUUGGCCUUCUACCUCGUUCCUAUCCUCAACGCUGGAUCAAUGUUCGGUCGAACUCUACCCAACUGGUUGUCCGACACGAUAGGGCCGCUGAACGUCAUCAUGCCGAGUGCUAUGAUCGUGGGUGCGCUUCUCUUCUGCAAUACAGCUGUUGUUUCAGCUGGCGGCAUUGUCACGACGACUCUAUUACUCGGGUUCUUUGAGGGCGUUUUCCUCGCACUCCCGCCCGCAGUCUUCGUUACGCUUAUAGAAGACAAAUCUAAGAUCGGCACGCGCAUUGGUAUGGGAUUGGCUUUGGCUGGCUUAGGUGUCUUCCCGGCAGGUCUUGGUGGCGGCGCACUUUUGGGCUCGCACGUUGAUCAACAUUUCAGAAACCUCUGGAUCUUUGGAGGCGCCUUUGCCAUAUGUGCUGGGGCAAUUUUCACUGCACUUAGAGUCUGGAAGGGUGGGUUCGGCCUUUUUGUCAAAGUGUAA